AAAUUUCAUUAAAAAAAAAAAAAAAUUGUUACAGAAUUAGAGAAUCGGGAAUGGAGAUUCAGGCGGCGAAGAAGAGGAAAUUCAACCCGAGUUCAUAUAUGCCUCAACAUAUGGUUGAAGCUAUACUCUCAAAAUUACCCGUCAAAUCUCUGGUAAGGUUCAUGUCCGUUUCACAGUCCUGGAAUUCCUUAAUCACAAACCCUAGUUUUUCCCUUCUUCGAUCAAAUUUUGCCCAUAACGUGCUUGUACUCAAUCCAGACUUUGAGCUUUUAACUAUCGACCAUGCUAGUAACUCGUUAAUUACUCUCAAUUUCCCCUUUAAUAGACCACAUAUGCAGAUAAUAGGUUCUUGUAAUGGCUUGGUUUGCAUUUCACUAACCGGUGAUUAUGAGAAUAUGAUUGUUUGGAAUCCUUGUACCGGAAUUUUUCGAGAGUUGCCUAAUCCGUCUUGUCCAAAGGAUUCUAUUUACUACUCGUAUGGGUUUGGGUAUGAUUCAUUGUCUAAAGAUUUCAAGAUUCUUUUAGCUGUUGAAGAAUAUGCUGAUGAUUCUCAAAGUGUUUUUUAUUAUGUUGAAGUUUUCUCACUUAAACAGAAUUCAUGGAAAAGAAUUCGUUAUUCAAUUAAUCCUCAGGAAAGUAUUGUUGGGGAACCGAGUUACCGGAUGAGAGGAACUCAUUUGAAUGGAGUUCUGUAUUGGAAUUUACAUGAAUUAGUGCAUGUUUUUGAUUUAGGAUCGGAGAAUUUCUCUACUUUGCCGUCCCCAGGAUCUGAUGGCUAUUUAGGGGUUUUGGAUAAUUGUCUUAGUCUAUCGGCGUUUACUGGCAUUUGGAUUUUGAAAUGUUGUGGCGUUGCAAAUUCUUGGGAUAAGUUUGUUUCUCUGUCGACUGAGGAUGAUAUACGACCUUUGUACAUGAUGAAUAAUGAUAUUAUAGCUAAGAAAUUUGUUGAAGAACGUGGUGAAGAAAUAGCUGGCAUCACCGUCCCUAGUGGAAAAAUUAGCACAUUGUUUAAAAUCGGCGACGGCCAGAAUAUGUGUGAUGCAAUUGCAUAUGUGGAAGAUCUUGUUUCUCCCAGUAAUUUUAUUUCAGAGAUUGAAGAUGUAAAUACAGAAAAGAGGGUCAUUUAAUCUGAAGGAAACAAUGAGCUGAAACGCCAAUUUGAGCAAAACAGUUGAGAGAGCUGAAUCAUAGAAUUUAAUGUUGCGUAUAUAUGUUAUGGACUCAUUCUUGAUUCCAAACAGGAAUAAUUCCUAUUAGUUACUUUCCUGUUAUGUUCCAAUUAGGUUAGUUUUCUUAUUCAGUUGUAUUUUAAUGUUCUAUACCUUUAAGGACUAGAGAUGUACUAUAUAUAUGGCUGUUGCCUUGCUCAAUAAAGCUGUCGAAAACUCUAAACAAUUCAGAUAGGCAACUAUCUCUAACAAGUUUCCGGAUA